AUAUCGUCAUAUUAUUUAUAUUCGAUGGCAAAGCAAAGUUCACUUGAUCAUGGUGCACUUUUCGUCAGUUUAGGUGUUGGAGGAAGUAAUCUAUUCACACACACAUAAGAAAUAUGUAAAACUACCUCGUCGUACCCUCAAUAAUCUAAUUUCAUGCCUCUCAUAACUUGGUAAUAGCUUGUAUAAACAAAAAACUAUGAAUCAUCUCCUUAUUAGACGUGGCACCACAGCCCUAAAAUAUGGUCUCGGCACAUGUUGAACGUGUGGUGCAGGUCAUCCGCGGGUCAUGCAAUAUCAGAAGCUUCAAUUAAGUAUUAAAUUGAGGAAUUAAAUAUCCAUGUUUUUGCUAACCUGCAUUGGGUACGAAUUUGAUGCGACAUCGAUUAACGGGGAACAUGCAAUUUAUUUACACAAAAAUAGAACUAAUCAGUAAAAGUGGAGGAAACAAUACACACCCAAAACUAAUUGGUAUCGAUCACUUAAUUAUGAAGAGUACGUUUAUUCAUGUGACUAUUUCCAAUGAAAGUUCCUCAGAUAUAGUUCAAUCUUCUCUCCGGAAAGAGUCCCCAAAAUUGUUAGUCAUAUAUUUCCACCAUAAAUUAAAUUCUGAAAAAUGGAGCUCACCCUAAAAUCUAACCAAAUUUUUAUCGAAUCUGUCCAUUUCCUGCGACUAAUUCGUUUUUCAUUAAGAAAAUCAACUCUACUUGUCCAAUGGGCUGGAUAUCUACCUUUAUAUUUCACUCCGGACCACCACCUAUAUUUCCCUCGAUGUGGAUUCCCAACUAUAAAUUUACUUUGUCAGCUAUUAUCUGGAUUAGUUUGUUAUACUUUUUGCUGGCUUAAUUCAUCUCACCACGACGAAUUCGCAGAAAAGAAUUGGAGUUCUGCAGAGAAAUUUGCAUAUGGUGUGAUGAUCAACACCUUAAUUCUCAGCCACAUGUUGAACAAACUAAUUUCAUUCUUGUUGAGACACAAAUUUAUUAAAUUUUACCACAAUUUUAGCUCCGUUAUGGCUGAAAUAUGCUCUGCCUUUGGAAACUAUCAAUUUGUAAACCAUAAUCAAAAUCAGGACCAAAUAUUGGAAUCUGUUCGUAAAAAAUUGGCCAAAAAUGAGAAUCAUAUUAAAUAUAUUGGAAUUUGUUUGGUUCUAUUUCAACUUGGAAUGUUUAUUAUGAUGGGAAAUCUCUUGAUGACGAUGGUCACAAAAAGUGGUGGGCAUAAUUUGUUGGAUAUCGUCGUUUUUAUUGGGGCAACGAUUUUUUGUCACGGUUUAUCAGUUUAUCAUUCCGUUCUGAUUUAUUGGUUCGUUUCAAUUGGGAAAUGUAUCGGUGUUGGGUUUACUUUGUUGGAGAUAUUUGGCGAGGGAUCUAGCGACUUGAUGUCGAGUGUGGUGGAGGACAGGCAGAAUUUUGAAAAAGUACCAGCGAAUAAUAACGACUCGAAAUUGCCCAUGUUGCAGAACGAUGAAAUUUUGAUGAAUGUGUCCAAUUUUGUUAAUUUGUAUAGAAAAUUGGGAUCAGUGGUGAAGGAUUUUAAUUCAACUUUUAAAAUAAAUCUAGCCGUUAUUUUAUUUGCAAGUUGCUUGUUUUGGAUCCUACAUUUUUUCGUAUUUAUCAGCACAGUGAUUAAGAAAGGUUUGGAUUUGGGGAGCGUCGUUGCGGGUGGGUGGACAGUGUUGGAUGUCAUCAGCAUUGUUUUGAUCUGCGAUGUGUCUUCGGUUAUUUUUGAGAAGGCAAAUUCCGCACUGAUGAAUGUGUCUUGUAAAUCGUUGAGUUUGGAUCCGCAGCAUGAUUUGCAUAAUUUUAUUAAGAUUGAUGCGUCAUUGAAGCAAUUAAGAAAAAUUCCAGUUCUAAUUUCACCCGGAAAUUACUUUCAAUUAAGAAGGAAUACCUCCAUUUCGGUUUUUGCAAUUAUGACCACGUACGUAUUUGUCGCUCUGCAGUUUCAUCAUGCAGAAUAUCGACAACCAAAAUAAAUUUGUGUGUAAUCUGUAGUUGUAAAUAUUAGAAAAUUAAAUAAACUAAAUUGAUUGGUUGUUUUAUUUA